ACCCUAGCUCUGAGAAAGCUCGAGCGCGGCCGAGCAGGAGAGAGUGGCAGUGAAUGUGUCUGCGGCAGCCUUUUAGCGUUAAAAAACCACAAACUACGGCCGGAGAAAGGAGGACCAAAUCCCGCUGCAGCGAGAGACGACCUCGGCAGACCACAUGGACUAUGAUAGAAUCUAAACAGAGGCUGGUAACGGUGCGCUGUUUGGACGACAAGCGGUUUAUUGAACAUCUGUAGAGCAUAUAAUGAGGGCAUCCGCUAUUCUUUACGGUGGUUUUUCCUCCGAGGUUUAGUUAUAGACGCAGAGUGACACUAUUUAUACGUGCAUCGCUUUUAGACAUCCUCUCGAGGAAAAAGACGCGCCGAGGGAACACAUCCUGCAGACAUUUAGUUAAUUCCCUGCAGUGAAGUCAUCUGAGAAGAAGACACGUCUUAAUCAUCUCUAGUUUAACACAGUUUCGCGAGGAAAAUCGGCAUUCCCCUUCCAUCGGCUCCUCUUGUGGGCAUUUCCCCCCUCCCUCCCCACCAGCCACCAGUUUAAAGGAUGCCGGAUCAAAUAUCGGUGUCCGAGUUUCUCUCGGAGACGACAGAGGAUUACAAUUCCCCGACAACAUCCAGCUUCACCACCCGGCUGCAGAGCUGCAGGAACACCGUGAAUGUGCUGGAGGAGGCGUUGGACCAGGACCGAACCUCCCUGCAGAAGGUGAAGAAAUCAGUGAAGGCCAUCUACAAUUCUGGACAAGACCACGUCCAGAAUGAAGAGAACUACGCUCAGGCUCUGGACAAAUUCGGCAGCAACUUCAUUAGCCGCGACAACCCCGACCUGGGAACGGCUUUUGUCAAGUUCUCCUCCCUCACCAAGGAGCUGUCUACCCUGCUGAAGAACCUGCUCCAGAGCCUCAGCCACAAUGUGAUCUUCACCCUGGACUCGCUGCUGAAGGGCGAUUUGAAAGGCGUUAAAGGGGACAUAAAGAAGCCCUUCGACAAAGCAUGGAAAGACUACGAGGCCAAGUUUACAAAGAUCGAGAAGGAGAAGCGAGAGCACGCCAAGCAACACGGAAUGAUCCGCACUGAGAUCACCGGGGCUGAAAUCGCCGAGGAGAUGGAGAAGGAGAGGCGUCUCUUUCAGCUCCAGAUGUGCGAGUACCUGAUCAAAGUAAAUGAGAUCAAGACCAAGAAAGGAGUGGACCUCCUCCAGAACCUGAUUAAGUAUUACCACGCACAGUGCAAUUUCUUCCAAGAUGGCUUGAAGACGGCCGAUAAGCUGAAGCAGUACAUCGAGAAGUUGGCAGCUGAUCUCUACAAUAUCAAACAAACUCAGGAUGAGGAGAAGAAGCAGCUGACUGCCCUGCGCGAUCUGAUCAAGUCCUCCCUCCAGCUGGACCAGAAGGAGUCUAGAAGAGACUCGCAGAGUAAGCAGGGUGGCUACAGCAUGCACCAGCUGCAGGGAAACAAGGAGUUCGGCUGUGAGAAGAAAGGCUACCUGCUGAAGAAGAGUGAUGGGCUGAGGAAGGUGUGGCAGAGGAGGCAGUGCUCAGUGAAGGGGGGCAUGCUCACCAUCUCUCAUGCCACAUCCAACAGGCAGCCGGUCAAACUCAACCUGCUCACCUGCCAGGUCAAACCGAGCACUGAGGACAGGAAGUGCUUCGAUCUCAUUUCACAUAACCGGACGUAUCAUUUCCAAGCUGAAGAUGAACAGGAGUUUGUCAUCUGGAUCUCGGUGCUGACCAACAGUAAGGAGGAGGCCUUGAACAUGGCGUUCCGUGGCGAGCAGAGCAGCGGAGGCGAGGAUGGUUUAGAGGAUCUGACUAAAGCCAUCAUCGAAGACGUGCUGCGCAUGCCAGGCAACGAGUUCUGCUGCGACUGCGGAGCUGCAGAUCCUAAGUGGCUGUCCACCAACCUGGGGAUCCUGACCUGCAUCGAGUGCUCUGGCAUCCACCGAGAGAUGGGAGUCCACAUCUCCCGCAUCCAGUCCAUGGAGCUCGACAAGCUAGGAACUUCAGAACUCUUGCUGGCCAAGAAUGUAGGCAACAGUAGUUUCAAUGAGAUCAUGGAGGGAAACCUCUCUUCCCCUUCACCAAAGCCCACUCCAUCCAGUGACAUGACUGUGAGGAAGGAGUUCAUCUACGCUAAGUAUGUGGACCACAAGUAUGCGAGGAAGACGUGCACGUCUGCGUCAGCUAAAAUGAUCGAGCUGUUUGAGGCGGUUGAGUCCAGGGAUCUGCUGUCCCUCAUCCAGGUCUAUGCAGAGGGGGUUGAACUUAUGGAUCCGCUCCCAGAGGUUGGAUCGGAAUCCGGAGAGACGGCACUGCACUACUCUGUACGGACUGCUGACCAGACCUCCCUGCACUUAGUGGACUUCCUUGUGCAGAACAGCGGUAACCUGGAUAAGCAGACGGAGUGGGGGAACACGGCCCUUCAUUACUGCAGCAUGUACGAGAAGCCCGAAUGCCUCAAGUUGCUCCUGAGGGGCAAGCCGGCGACUGAUAUCACCAAUCAGAACGGAGAGACUGCGCUGGAUGUUGCCAGGCGACUGAGGAACACUCAGUGUGAGGAGGCACUGGUGCAGGCUGCAGAGGGGAAGUUCAACCCCCACAUCCAUGUGGAGUACGAGUGGAGCCUCAGACUGGAGGAGAUGGACGAGAGCGACGACGACCUCGACGAUAAGCCCAGUCCCAUCAAGAAGGACCGGAGCCCGAGGCCUCAGAGCUUCUGCCACUCCUCCAGCCUCUCCCCCCACGACAAGCUCUCCCUGCCGGGCUUCAUCAGCCAGCGGGACAAACAGCAGCGUCUGUCCUACAGCGCCUUCACCAACCAGAUGUACAGCGCCUCCACCGACCUCACCUCCUCCCCCGUGGCCGACGGGCCGCCGCUGCCACCUAGGAACCAGGGGAAAGCUCCACACUUGGCAUUCCUCGGCUCUCAUUCGCACUACGCUACACUGGCUGGCACCCGACCAUACAUCACUCCUCCCCCAUCUGGCACUCCCUCUACACUCACACCGGGAGGCAGCUCCACCCUGUCCAAGAAGAGACCUCCGCCCCCACCUCCUGGACACAAACGCACCCUGUCUGACCCACCCAGCCCGCUCUCUCACAGUCCACACAGUAAAGGGGGCUUGACUGGGGGGAGCGACUCCACCCCUCCUCCUGUCAGCAAGAUGUCUCCUGUUUCUAACAAGUUUGAAGGAAUUCCUCAGCAGCAAAGCACUACUUCAAGCAACACAAAGUCUACACUUGGUCCACGGGUUCUUCCCAAACUACCUCAGAAAGUGGCAUUGCGGAAGAUUGACACCAUACACCACCCGUCUAUGGAUAAGCCCAGCCUCCCUCCAGAGGUCUUCCAGAAGUCCCCGCCGGCGACUGACACCCCGCAGAAGGCUCCUCUGGCGGACAGGCCUCAGCCGGGAGACCUGCCCCCCAAACCGCAGCUGUCUGAACUUCCUCCUAAACCUGGAGAACUUCCACCGAAGCCGCAGCUCUCAGACCUCCCUCCUAAGCCUCAGCUGGGCGAUCUCCCGCCGAAACCCCAGCUCAAAGACCUGCCUCCCAAGCCGCAUCUCGCCGACAUCCCCCCCAAACCCGGAACAGCCGAGUCCACUCCCAGGCCGCCUCCCGGUGAGACGGUGCAAAGGCCUCAAACGCAGCCUCCGCCUCCACCUCAAGCUCAGCCUCAACCGCAACCUCAGCCUCAAGACUCACCGUCACCUAAUCAGCAGGCCACUAUAGGGACCCCCACCCAACAAGCUGCUGAAGACACCAAUGGGACCCCAGCGGGGACUGCGGAGACACCAGUGCCCCUGCCGAGGAAGAUCAACACGGGGAAGAGCAAAACCCGUCGGGUGAAGACGAUCUACGACUGCCAGGCUGACAAUGAUGACGAACUGACUUUUGCUGAAGGAGAGGUGAUAAUAGUUACAGGAGAAGAGGAUCAGGAGUGGUGGAUCGGGCACAUUGAAGGAGAGCCGGACAGAAAAGGGGUGUUCCCCAUGUCUUUUGUGCACAUCCUGAGUGACUGACAGUCGGAGAGACUUGCACUACACCUCUCCCUAAAUUGGGAGGCCCUGUAAAUAGCUAUCAUAACACCUCUUGUCACACGACAAGUGUCCUAAAAGAAGAAGAAAAAAAAACGCAACAAAGAAGAAACCCGAGAAGGCUCAUCUAGCCGUGGAUGCCUCAUCCAUGCUGUACAAAGAAUGUGUGUAUUCUUCCUUUACCAGUAUUAUCUUAACCCUAUAGCACGGCUGUGACGAAGCCACUCUCAAAACCCUAGCACUUACCUAAAGUCUAUGUUUAUGCUGUUACUGUGUAUAUAUGUAUGUAAAUAUAUAUAUUUGUGUGUGUGAGUGUACAUACAUGUUUUAUUGUACAAAACAUGUACCAUUGCUCUCUCUCUCUGUCUACCGGUCCCAUUAGGCGUCAGGGCGGUAGACUUUGAAUUUUAUCUGUAUUGAUUUUACUGGCCCUCAAGUAAUUAUCAGCUUAUAUUUCUGGGGGGGAAAAAAGGACAAAUAAGAAUUGGAAUGUGAAAUAGGUCAUGUCACUAUUUGUCUCUUGCAUCCCUGUUUACCACCAUAGUUGAACGAAGAGGCUUGAGUCUCCCACAGAU